AUGCAGAGUUUCAACGUAAGUUUCCGAGAUGGAUUUGUUCUGGUGGGUUUCUCAGACUGGCCCCACUUGGAAGCCUUCCUUUUUGUCUUUAUUUCAGUUUUUUACUGCCUAACUCUCUUUGGCAAUACUGCUAUCAUUGUUCUCUCACGACUGGACCUCCGACUGCACACGCCCAUGUACUUCUUCCUCUGUCACCUCUCUUUCUUGGACCUUUGCUACACCACCAGCACAGUGCCACAGCUUUUGAUCAACCUUCGUGGACUUGACCGCACCAUCAGCUAUAGAGGGUGUGUGACCCAGCUUUUCAUCUUCCUAACCCUGGUCUCCACUGAGUGUUUGCUGUUGGUGGUAAUGGCUUUUGACCGCUACACUGCUGUCUGUCGACCACUGCAUUACACAACCAUUAUGAACCCCAAUCUGUGCCACACAAUGGCUCUCUCAUCUUGGAUGGUAGGCUUCGUAAACUCUUUGAUUCAGACAAAUCUUAUGAUGGCCAUGCCUCUCUGUAGCCAUCGACUGAACCACUUCUUCUGUGAGUUGCCUGCAUUUGUAAAGUUGGCUUGUGAGGACAGAGAAGGAACAGAGGUCAAGAUGUUUGUGGCCAGGACCAUCAUCUUAGUUAUUCCUGCUUCACUACUUCUGGUUUCUUAUGCACACAUCGUUAGAGCAGUGCUGAAGGUCAAGUCAAUGGCUGGACGUAGAAAGGCUUUUGGAACUUGUGGAUCACAUCUCUUAGUGGUCUCCCUUUUUUACGGCUCAGGCAUCUACACAUAUCUCCAACCCAUGCAAAAUUACUCUGAGAGUGAUGGAAAAUUUGUUGCCCUGUUUUAUACCAUUAUUACGCCUAUCCUUAAUCCUCUGAUUUACACCCUUAGGAACAAAGAUGUGAAAGGAGCUGUGUGGAAGCUACUGCACGGAGGUAGAGAACGAGGCUAG